AGGCGCGAUCUUGGCACCAAGCGAGACCGACCAGCGCGAUUGAACACGGGGCGGUGGCAUCCGCAAUGGGCUACACGACGCGCUCCAACGGCUCCUCUACCCUUGCGGCCUGGGCUGUCCUGGCAGGGCUGCUGUUCGCCUGGCUCUCCUGCCGGCUCGGCGAGUUCCGCGACGUGGUUCCGCGGCAGGGGCCGAAGGAGGCUGCGCCGGCGGGCGCGCGCCUGACGCCGGAGGAGCUCGGUUACACCGACGACGUCCUGGACUCCGACCUGCUCAGGCCCAUGCCCCUCUUCGAGCAGAGCGCGGCAGCCCAGGGUCUUCGCUUCCAGUUCAUGGCGUGGGGCUUCAACCACGCUGGGGCGUUGGCGAUCGACCUGCACAACGCCAACAGCGAGGGCACCGUCGUGGUUGACCUGCCGGCCGGGAUGGUGCUGGCCCCGGCCGAGAACCGCGACCUCCAGAACUUGGUGCUUCGGGAGGCCGUGCACGUCCAGCUGCAGCCGGGCGAGACUAGGCGUCUGGAACAGUGGGCAUUCUGCGGCAACCAGUUCCACCUGCCCCCGCUGGCGUCGGAGAUGAAGCCGACGGGCUGGGUCAUGGACGCGCCGCCUUCUCAGGGUGGCGUCUGGAGGGCCACCCUCCCGUACGAGACCGCCGUCUCCGCCGUGGAGGGCCACUGGAUGGCCGCCAAACUCGUCGCGGCGGUUGCCGCGUGAGGCGGAACCUGCCAGAGGCCCCUCUCCCUGAGGGCUCGACUAGUGUGGGCCAGGCCAGAUACAUGCGGGCUGCUGAAGCAAGUGAUGCCAGAGAAGGAACGGCGCCCCUUUUUAGCACCAAGAGACCCUGG